AUGGAGGACUCCAUGGAAUUCAUCCUCCAGGAUCAAGGCUCCAGGAUGGUCCAUGGCAGUAAGGACAACCCCAUCCAGACAGCCUCCACUGGGGCUUUGCUCGCUGGCCUCUACGGGAUAUGGACUAUGUUUGCCCUUCCUGGCUUCCGCAAAGUACCAAGAAGACUCAAGGUGCCUUACCUGCCCUCGAGUAAAGCUCAGACCGUAAACGCCAUGAAGCUGCUGGAGGGACGCAGAGGCCAACUGGCUGAUCUGGGGUCAGGAGACGGGAGACUGGUGUUUGCUGCUACCUCUGUUGACCUCCAGUGCACUGGAUUUGAGAUCAACUCCAUGUUGCUGGUGUAUGCUAGAGGGAAAGCACGCUGGACAGGAGUGCCAACAAGCCAGGCAAACUUUGUCAACAAGGACUUCUGGAAGAUUGAUUUGUCAAACUACAACAACGUCACUGUAUUCCUGGCCCCUGGAGUGAUGGAGGUGCUGGGUGAGAAGCUGCUGAGGGAGCUUCCUGACGAUGCAUGUGUCAUCGCCUGCCGCUUCCCCUUCCCUCAUUGGCCCCACCGAGCCUCGCAGGGCGACAGCCUCGACCAGGUCCAGGCCUAUGACAUCAGCACUGUGCGAUCAGCCCUGGGUUAGUCGACAUGCGUGACCCUAUGACAUCAUACUGUGACAUUAUCGCUGGCUUGAUUCAAUCCUAAUGUCAUUCACUGGUUCACACCAAACCCAAUAUAGGGUCAUUAACACCCCGAUCAAACCACAAACCCAAUAUUGCCAACUGCCUCUUGUACACAUUUCAUUUGUUGAUCUAUUGAACAAUCAG